AUGGAACCGACAGGUUUGCUGCAUGUUUUGAUCUCCGUGUCUCUAGUCACCCAGGGCGUGGCGUUCUUACCUAGCCACACUCAAACGCUCCCAGACACGGACUAUACUUUAACUGUUCUUACUGAAGCCAGUAUCCUCCAAGUAGUAGCGAGAUACUUUGAAGACAGCAAUCCUGACCGGUAUAGUGCAGGGGACUUGACGAAUCUGGACCCACUGAAUCCUUCAAGUCUGUUCAUGAAACAUUAUGGCGAAUGUGCAUCAUGGAAUAAAUUUGUGGGCGCCAUCAAGACGAUAACAGACAACAAUAUUCGUAUAUCCAAUGACCUUCGAAAUACGGCAGAAUGGCAUUUCAACGGAAAUCAGAUAAAUGCAGGCCAUCAGAAAAUGAAGAGCAUCCGCAGCCGCAUUCUACAACAGCUAACAGUUGGAGAUGAGAACGCACCAGACUAUGACGUAGCUCGUAUGGAUUGCGGUCGGUUCCUUCAUUUAGCGCAUAGUUUCUACUCGAAUACCAACUGGAUUGAGCUGAACGGGCAGAUAGACCCGGAUGUUUACUUGGGCAUCACUAACAACUUAGAGUAUCCAGAUUGUCCGUCAAAUAUAGCAACGUGCCGAGACUGUGAAGGGUCGACAAACUCGUAA